AUUAUCUAUCAAUAAUUCGUCCAGAUGAAGGGGCAAGCGUUUGUGUUGUUAUCGAUUUUCUUUUUUGUUGGUGUAGAUUCCUUCAAAGUCUUGGGUCGUUUUAAUCCACGAUAUGCAUUCAAUGAACGCAUUGUCGGAGGUGAAGCCGUUGAUGUAAAGGACCAUCCGCAUCAGGUAUCUCUUCAAAGCUCAUGGCACUUUUGUGGUGGCUCUCUUAUAUCUAAAGAUUACGUUCUCACAGCCGCCCACUGUGCUCAAGGUCAAAAUCCAGCUAAUUUGAAAGUUCGAGUUGGAUCUUCGUUCAAUGCCAAGGGUGGAGAGCUAGUUCAAGUUCAGUCACUUUUAGUUCAUCCCCAAUAUGACUCAAAUACCAUCGAUUAUGAUUUUGCUCUGUUAAAAUUAAAUAAAAGUUUGGAGUUCAGUGAAACUGUUCAGCCAGUUAAGCUUACAGAACAAGAUAAAAGUCCAGCUGCAGGAACUUUGUGUACAGUUAGCGGAUGGGGAAACACCCAAAAUCCAAAUGAAUCAUCAGAUAAAUUAAGGGCUGUAUCGGUUCCAGUUGUCGAUCAAGAAGAAUGUGCCCAGAAGUACAACGAAUUUUACGGUGUUACACCAAGAAUGUUGUGUGCUGGUUUGGAGGAAGGUGGAAAAGACUCAUGCCAAGGUGACUCUGGUGGCCCUUUGACCUCUAACGGUGUACUUGUUGGUGUCGUUUCAUGGGGAAAAGGUUGUGCCCUUAAAAAUUUCCCUGGAGUAUAUGCCCGAGUAGCGGCUGUCCGUAAUUGGGUCAGAGAGAACUCUGGUGUGUAACUAAGAAACAUAUUUAAAAUCGGAUAUUCAUGAAAAAUAAGAAUAAAUUUAUUUUAUGGAUACCUAAAUAUGACAAUAAUUUAUUAUUUUUCAUUGUGUCUCCAAUAUUAUCAAGAAUCUCUCAAUCAACUAUUGAGAACUUUCAAGCGCGCUUUUAACUCAAUAGCUAGGUUCUCAAUCGGAAGCUCCUCUUCGUUCCUUGUUUGAACGUCUCUCAACUUGACAACUCCUCUUUCAAGUUCCGAAUCACCUAAAAUUACGGCAUACGGGAUCUUGUUCUCUUCACAAUGUUGCAACUGCGCAAGAAGUUUUGGGUUUUGUUUAUACGAGUGCUCUGCUUUGAUAUUUCCAUCCCACAGACGCGUCAAGAUUUCCAAUCGCUUCUCAUGAAGACCCUUAUGAGCGGACGCAACAUAAACAUCUACCUCUGUAGUACGAAUUUUAUAACCAUCUUUUGCAUAUUUGGCUUCCAGAACGGAGAACACACGUUCAACACCAAUUGAGACUCCUACACAGGGUACUUGGCGUUUCUUUUGGUCAAACAUACCAACCAAAUUAUCGUAUCGGCCGCCGCCAGCAACAGAACCAAUAAUGCCACAUUCUUCAUUACCAGAGGCACUCUUAA